AUGACUGAGAAGCUUCAGCCGUCGCCAUUCGCCGACCCCAAAGAUGCCCUACAGCUUGCACAAAAGGCACCGCGGGUCCUUGCCAAGUCAGCGUCGAUAGCGACAACAUUUCCCAUGUCCGUCGUCGGCACACCUGAAUCGCCCGAGACAUGGGUGGAACUGGCGUCACUAUUCUACGCCUGCCUCCGGACUGGCGACGACAAGUCCGCGUAUCUAGCCCUUGAACGGCUCACCAAGCGAUUCGGCGAGGACAAUGACCGUGUUAUGGCAAUGCGGGGGAUGUAUCAAGAAGCUGUCGCCCAAGGCGACGAGGAGCUCCGAAGCAUUCUACAAGAUUACAACAAGAUCCUAUCUACCAAUCCAGUCAACGUGCCCAUACUCAAGAGGAGGAUAGCACUGGUCAGAGCCAUGGGCCGAGACCAAGAGGCCACCAAUGCUCUCGUGGAUCUGCUCGAGGCGUUUCCCACCGACGUCGAAGCUUGGUGUGAGCUAGCAGACUUGUAUCAGUCGCAAGGGCUCGGGGCCCAGGCCGUCUUUUGCCUCGAAGAAGCCUUGCUGACCACGCCCAAUGCAUGGAACUUGCAUGCGUGGAUAGGCGAGCUUGACUAUAUGAAUGCUGUAGUCGCAGGCGAGACGAGCGAGGCAGGAAGGACUGCACUUGCGCAAUCAGUGCAGCGCUUCAGUCGAAGCAUUGAACUUUGCGACGAUUACUUGCGGGGCUAUUAUGGCCUGAAGCUAGCGGUGGCUAAGCUAUUGCAGACGGAUGGUCAGAGCAAGACGGCUGCAUUUAGUCAGGAGAAACUGAAGAAGCUGGACCAAUUGGCUACGACGAAAUUGCAGGCAAUUAUCCGCGCACGCAAAUCAAAGGUUAUGCGCGACGUGGAUGAAGCGGAGUUGAUCGCUGCCCAAGCUCUCCUGGAUCAAACCGGUGCCUGA